AUGUCAUUGUUAUUCUUGUUCUAACUAUUGUCAUUAUACAAUUGCAUUCAUUUUUAAUAGUCUUAUCUCUACUUUAAUGAGAUUGAUAAGUUAUAGCAAAUAAGUAAAAAUUUGUUAAGUGGUAAACCAUGCAAUUUAGAAGCUUUAAAUGCUUGUGCUCUGAAAUUAUAUAUGCUCAAUAAUGAUGAUUAUACAAUUAGGAAUCUAGGUUAUUUUCAUUUAUUUGGUUUCCCAGAAGAUUAAGGAAAUGAAUAUUUAGAUUUUUGUUAAGAAUUUGGAGGAUUUUCAGUUCCUCUUCUUAAAUAGAAUGAAAGUUUAGCUUACAAUUAUUUCAAAUUAAGCAAUAAAUAAGAAACAUAAGUUUAUAUAGCUUUUAUAGAUUGGAUGAAUUUUAAGAGAGGUGGAUCUAUACCUAGAAGUAUUAGAAAAUUAAAGAAUCUAGAAAAUACAUUUGCAAAAUUAGCUUAUUUCAAUUACUAAUAUAAUUGUCAUCGAUUUAGACAUAUACCUGAAUUAGAAAUUAGUUAAAGAUUUGAAGAGAUGUAUAGUGAAGCAGAUUGUUAAUAAUGUGAUUAAUUGAUAUUAAUUGGAUUUCAAAUAGGUGAGACAGAAAUAUAAUAUUAUCAUGAUGUGAUACCUAAGGUAGAAUUAACACUUGAAGAUUAUUUACUUAUAGAAUAAUAAGCAAUUAAUGGAGAUCCAUAAGCAUAACUUCAAUAUGCAUAUUAAUUUUAUGCUGGAAAUGAUUAAUUGGGAAUCAAUAGAGAUGUAGAUAGAGCAAUGUAAAUAUUUUCAAAUAUGACUGUGAGUGGAGAAUCAUUACAUAAUCAAGCUCUCUUACAUGUAAUGAAAGGUUAAUAUUAAGAAGCUUAAAUAUUAUUAUAACAAGCAAUUGAGAAAUUUUAGAUGCCUGAUUCUUAUAAUUUAUUAGGUUAUAUGUAUUUAUAAGGUCUUGGUGUGGAAUAAGAUUUAAGAAUGGCUUAGUCUCUCUUUUAAUAAGCUAUAGAUAGAGGAUUUGAUGCAGCUGCAGUCACUCUUGGAAUAAUGAAAAUGAAUUAGAAUGUAAUUGAAGGAGUAGAAUUAUUAUUGAAUGAAACUGAAUAUAAUGCAAGAUGGGCUUUAAUUUAAGCUUAUGUAAAUUUUUAGAAAGUUUUGGAUAAUAAAUUUGGAUGUGAAAGAUUCUUAAAUAUUACAAGAGAGUUUAUUAAAUAAAUUAUUUAUCCAGUUAUGGAAAUAGAAAAACCUUUACCUAAAGAUCCAAAAUCUUAAUAUAUAAUGAAAUAAUUUAGGGCAUUUCUAGGAAUAAUUGAACCAAUAGAUUUAGAGGAAUAAGUUCUUUAUAGAAUUGAGGGUGCAGCCACAGCACUUGCUCAUGAUUUAACAGAUUUGGAAUUAAAAAAGAAAUUCUAUUAAUCAGAUCUCUAACCAGAAAGCUAUAUCUCACUCUCAUAGAUAGAAUUUUAAUAAGGAAAUAAUACAUAAGCAUAUUAUUGGAUUGAUCAAUUAAUAAGAUAAUGUAUUGAAGGUAAGUAUGAGUAGGACACAUUGUUUGUUGCUUAUAUAUGGAAAGCUUGGAUAACCUUAGUGAAUAUAUUUUAUUGA